AUGCGAAUAUUUUCAUUGCUCUUUUCCAUGCCCUUGUUGGCAGUUGCCUUUGUGAAUCAAGACUCCUCUUCCGACUUUUCAUCUUCCGGCGUCUACUUUGCUGAUGAAAUCACCAUGGCUUCCGAAAUUGCCAAGAAGCAUCGUGCUCAUUCAUUGCCACACUUUCUACAAUUGACGCCAAAACCGCCCUCGCAUUCACCUCCAAUCCACGUCCUUCAUCAGGCUUUCUCUGAGGCUCCUGACUUGUCAAAAGUAUCGUGGGACGAAGAAGAGGAUGUCUUUCACAAUUGGGCUUGGGAUGAGAUUUAG